AUGAUAUCCCUCGUGGUGGAACAGCCUAUGGAAUUUAUAAUGAUGCAGCUGAAUCCCUCAGUUAGCUCAUCCAUUCCCUCUGAACAGCCUAUGGAAGAAAAGGCUAUCACCUACAUGGACCUUGUUUUGUUCAAAGCUGCGGCGGAUGGUGACGUGGAAGCAUUUAGUGACUACCAAGGUGCUCUUGAUUGCCUGGUUGACGGAAGCCAAAACACGGUGCUUCAUAUUUACUCCAGAACCGGAGGACGCCUGGUAGUCAAAAAUGUUAGAGCGUUUCCGUGUUUUCAGAAAAGGGUAUUCGAAGGAGAGUUCUCCAUUAACUUUGUGGAGCAACUUGUCGACAAGUGCCCAUCACUGUUACUGCAACGCAAUGCCAACUGGGAAAUCCCAUUGCACAUUGCAGCAAGACAUGGGCAUUCUGGCAUAGUCAAAGUCCUUAUUGAACGCGCCAAUGUAGUGCUACAUGAAGACCCCGAGAGAGGUUUGGAUGCAACCGGGGCGAGGCAGAUGCUGAGAAUGAGGGAUGAGGAAGAAAAUACUGCUUUCCAUUUGGCCGCUCGAUAUGGUCAUCUUGAUGUGUUGCGACUAUUGGUCAAAGAAGAUCCUGAUUUUGCUUUCUUCGCUAAUACAAGCGGUGAGACUCCACUCUACUUAGCUGCCGAGGGAGGAUAUCACGGUAUGGUUACUGAGAUGUUAGAUAAUUGCAAAUCAACGGUUUAUGGCGGCCCCCAUGGUAGAACAGCUUUGCAUGCAGCAGUCCUGGCCGGAGAUGAAAAGACAGUAAGGAAACUAAUAGAGGCAAAAAUGCAACUAACCAAACAAACUGAUGACAAUGGGCGGACUCCACUCCACUAUGCUGCGCAUUUCAGUAAACGUUCAAUUGCCAAAGUUUUGUUGGAAAAAGAUGCGUCUGCUGCUUAUAUAAGUGAUAAAGAGAGAGGGAUGUCGGCUCUUCAUAUGGCAGCUUGGCAAGGCGAGCAAGGGAUAAUGGAAGAAAUUAUCUCCAAUUGUCCAG